UUUACAUCAAUAUUUAUUAUUUUCGAUGUUCACACUUCCAUACGAUUGUAUUUACAUUUAUUUUCUUAUAAUUUCUGCUCCAACCGAUGUGAAUCUAUUACUGGCAAUGGAUUUGUUUCCACCUGACGAAUUUGUUUAUCAUCCUUUCGUGGAUUCUUUGGAGACAACGUCGUCACAGAUUGACCUAACUUAACGAAAAUAAAUUACCUGAUCCACAGAAUUAUUCACUGACAGAUAUUUCAUUUUGCAAUAAAACUAAUCAGGGUCCAACAAAUGUUAGACAAGUAGAAGUUUUAUAUAAGAAUCAUAGCAAAUAUGGUAAAUAUAAGCCUAUGUAAUGGACGAUUGAAAUUUAAAAACAGUAAAUGUUUUAAAAUUACUUUUAAUUCCUUAUUUGAUUCCAACAAAAACAUUGAUGAAAAAUAUUUUACCUUCUGGAAAAAAUAAAUUUUGGAAGCCUUCAUUGUUAGAAUCAUCUUCUGCAUUCACUUUUUUUUGCACUAAUCUGAUUGGUCUUCAAGAAGAUAUUGAUAAGAGGCGUUUAAAAUAUAGUCAAUAUGGAGCUACAAACCAGCUUUAUAUAAUUUUUGUUGGAAAAGAUUUCAGCUCCAUUGAUUCUUGUUACAUUAAGGUAAAGUUAUGGUGUUUUGACAGUCCUUUAAAAGCACUUAAAAUUUGUUUUAAGUCAUAUUUGGUAUUUAAUUGUGCUUAUCCUGUGGAAAGUUAUGACUCUUGGCUUAUAAUUCAACAACACUUAUUGAAAUUGUUCACCAAAUAUGAUAAAUCAACUUCUAUAACUACUUCUAUCACAGCUAAUUUUAAUUCAUAAUUAUUACCUUUUAUAUUUUGAUUUUAAUUUCAUUUUUAUUGUUUAAGAAU